CAUAUUUUAUUUGAUCAGGACCUACGAGACAAGCACAAUGUCUGCGGCUUGUGUCUCAGCAUUGGGUUAUGCGAGAUUCGACUUGCGAGAGGCGCCGGAGGUUCCGAAGUUGUCGACAUCAGUCGCUCGCGCUGCCCGAAUCUAUUCAAGAUCAAGUUGAAGAAUGCACGCAAGUCAACAAAGCACUCGCCUUGUACAAACACCCCGCUUCAUUGCCCGUAUUGCGACAGUGAUGCUGCUCCAGUGUGGAAAUACUCACUGUCACGUCACAUUGAUAUACUGCACCCAUCAGCGAAUAAGACACGCUUCGAAGAAUUGUGGAGAAUUGACAACGAAGAGAGCACACAAAUAUCAACAAAAUUCAAAAUGAAGGCUCGGAAACGAAAGCAAAUGACAGCGACAUCGAUGCUGCGGAUUUCUGAAGAGCACAGUUCAAGAGUGGCAUUACGACAGUGA